AUGGAGGCCAUCAAGAGAGAAAAACUGUUGUCACUCUCAAGCUCUGUGACGUUCUUGUUAGAAAAGAUUGUUUGUACUCAGCAGGUCGACGCGUUCCGGAUCAAGAAUGUUAACGCUUCACUUUCGAAAACCGUGAAGGAAACACUGGUGGAUCUUCAAGAUGUUCUUUAUUAUGCUAACAACAAACUCAUCCCAAAUCAAGAUAACAACGAAUUGCUGGAUAUGCUGAGACAUGAUGUUUUUCAAGUUGCCAAUUUGCUUGAAAACUCUGGUUUUUUACGGUAUGCUACCGUACUUACUGCAAAGCACCUCAAAAUUCAUUCUCGUUUAACUUUUUUCAUUCAACGGAUUAAGUCUAAAACGGACAAUUUAAAUCAAAUAUUCAAAGGCUUAAGUUCAAGUGGUGAUGAUGAGUCUUCUAUUUAUGGAAGACACUCUGAUAUUCAGAAACUGAAACAUCUUUUGUUGUCUACUGAUAGCAGAGUGAUUUCUAUUGUUGGUAUGGGAGGGAUUGGUAAAACAGCCCUCGCUAAACACCUUUACAAUCAUCCUCAAGUUAAGGACAAAUUUGAGUUCAAACUAUGGGCAGAUUUCUCAACUGAUGUUGAUGAUUUCAGUGUUUUUGAAAACAUUCUUCAAUCUAUUACUUCACAAACAGCCACAAGUAAUGAUACAAGUACCAUUUACCCUAAUUUUUUGCUGGUACUUGAUGGUGUGUGGGAUGCAAGAUCUGUCAAUUGGACAUUACUUAUGGAUAUCUUUAAUGCUGGGGAAUCACGAAGUAGGGUCAUCGUCACAACACGAGAUGAAAGAGUUGCACUAUCCAUGCAAAACUUUCUUUCUAUCCACUAUCUCAGACCCUUGAAAUUUGAAGAUUACUGGUCUUUACUUGCCAAACAUGCAUUUGGAGCACAUAACUACCACCAACGAUCCAAUCUAGAAGAAAUUGGCAGGAAAAUUGCAAGAAAGUGUCAUGGUUUACCAUUAGCUGCAGUAGCACAUGGGGCUCUUCUUCGCAUCUGGUCAAACCCGUAUUCUUGGAUUUAUGUGCUAGAAAGUCACGUUCGGGAUACAACUUAUGAGGUGCAACCUUCUCUCGAAUUGAGCUACAAUUUUCUUUCUGAUCCUUUAAAACGAUGUUUUCAAUAUUGUUCAAUUUUUCCAAAGAAGUCCAUCUUAGAAAAAAAGAUGGUAGUUCAGUUAUGGAUUGCAGCAGGCUUACUUGAAUCAGCGUCCACAGAUCAGGAAAAAGUUGGAGAAGAAUACUUUGAUGAACUAGUGUCAAGGUCAUUGAUACAUCGGUGGUCUACUGGUGAUGAGGAAAUAAACUUUGGAAUGCACAACUUCAUCCAUGAUUUAGCUUCAAAAGUUUAUUCUUCAUGUAGUAUCGGUAGGGACAAACAUAACCUAGAUGAUAGGAUGCAAAAUUUCUCAUACAGUAGAGGGACAUAUGAUUCAUAUGACAAAUUUGAUAAAUUAUACAGAGUAAAAGGUCUGCGUUCCUUUCUAGCAUUCCCAUUACUAGAACAAUUGCCUCUUGGUUUGCUAUCAAACAAGGUAGUGCAUGACUUGCUGCCAACAAUGAAACAAUUACGCAUGUUGUCUUUAUCAAGCUACAAGAGUAUCACCAAGGUUCCCAAGUCUAUUGGAAAUUUGAUAGAUGUUAGUUACCAAAUUGUGUAA